GACGUGUUGUUGAAUGCGCGCGGCACCGAGUACACCAACCGAGAGACCAUCAUUUCCGAAGCCAAACUCGUUAGCCACAAUCAAUCGAUUCGAAACAACAACAUAGAGGCAUAUUCGAACUUGGGCACAAUCGAAAGAACCCAAUCAUUGCGUGGCAAACCUUCAUCACCGGAAAAAACCGCCGGAAUGUCUGAGCAUGGUCACACGGCAUCCAAAGGCAAUCACAUGCGUACUCAGUCUCUCAACACUGAUCACAAAAUAGACAUCGCCUCUAGCAGUCUUUCCUCGACCGGAAAUACCAAAAAGAUCCCUGAAAACUUGAAGCUAGAUCGCAGUGGUUUCGAAAGUGGUCCUGAACAACCGUCACCCGCUCUGAGCACCUCGUCCGGGCCUUACAUUCCCAUCAGUGAAUGCUUUUCCGGUAGUCCAAUGCUGUUGAACUCUCCUAUAACGCCUUUGAAUUCGUUGGACCCCCGAUUCUACGAUACCCCUCGAAGUCACACCAAUAUCACCGGUUUCAACUUGGUCAGUAACGAACAACCGUACUCGCCUAAGCGGAAUAACCUCAAUGGUGCUCCGACGGCAUCGGUUCCGGUUCCCGGAGCUGCAGAUAACGCAGCCAAAGCCGUCACGAAUCGUAGUGGAAAAUCCAGUCCUUCGGAUUCGGAAAGCGUGUUCACGGAUGACGAGUGGACAGCAUCGGCCGGUGGAGGUUCGGUGGAUUCCAAUGCCGGGAAGGAACGUAACGCUAGACCUUCGGAUAGUUCUAUUGAAAACGAUGCAAUCGGAUGGACUUAUGUUCAGCGUUUUUCCAAGGUGCCUCCGCAACAGCCUCAGCCUCAGGAAGGAAAAGCACCCGCUACGGCCCCUCCAAGACCACCGAAACGCACCAGCUUGAUUCUCGACAGCAUUGAAAAGCAUAAGGAUAUCCAGACUUCGGAUACUGAGAAUGCCUCACCAGCCAUUGGCCCCAAGAAUGCUAGUUCCUGCGUAGAUGAGUUCUACGAUAUUCCGCGAUCACAUCAACCUGGUCAGUACACCAGCGCAAUGCACCUUUCGGACGAUGUUGAUUUGCUGUCCCCGUUAAGUCAGUGCGAUCUGGUGGCUUCCAGCACUCCGAAUUUGAUGGUCAGCAGCGAGUGCGCUUCGAAUGCCGGCACCUUGGGUCGAUUGACGAGACGUUCCAACUGCUACACCAAUGCCGCACCGCAAAGAGUCGAAGGCAAUGUGUUCCGUUUUGAUUUCAGCGAACAGGGAGACGCACCGGCAAUAAAUCGUAAUCUGAAGCCAAAAUCCAGCAUCGACAUAACGAAAUCGGUUGAAAAUGUCUCCCACGGAAUGAAGCAGAUGAGCUUGAUGAGUCCGGCUCCUCCAACACCAUCAACAGCAACGAUUUGUGGUGGCACGCUGAAAAAUCCACCGCCAUGUGUGGACAGAACUAAAAAGCCAACAACACCGAAUAUUGGCACAAAUUCAAUGCGACGCAAGGGUGGUCCAGUUUCCCUAUCACUGCAAAAUCAUAACGAAAAUGUCUAUGGAAAUGCCCAAGAUCAUAACUCUUCGCUACUUUCCGGAAUUUCACCUCGAACCCCCGGCAAGAACGAGGACCGCUUGCAGUAUCUCGACCUGGAUCACUCCAACAGUCCGCAGAAAACCCACAACUCCAGCGGCCCCAACAGCGCACUUCAUCAUGCUUCAAACGUUGGCGUCGCAUCUGGAGGAGGGUUGAUGAUUUCUCAAUCCUCCGGCAAUUACUCGAGUGCCGCACUGAGUUGCGCAGGAUCGAACAAUUCCGGCAGCAGUUUGGCACCGCCGGCUAUUGCCCGGACCCCCUACACUACGGUGGACUUUGUCAAAACAGAUGCGUUCAAUCGAAUCCGAGCCGAUUCGGAAAUGAACCGCAAUCAGUCGCGCUUGAAGGAUCAAUCCUAGAAACGAUAGUAGUCCUGUGAAGGUGGCGAAAAAGCAAGUGCAAUUAGUCAAAUGCCUUCAUUACGUAACACACAAACGAAAAGUUCGAACUUCACUCAAAGUGAACCGUUUAUGUUUCAACAAUUGUAUUUUAUGAGUUUUUUAAAUGCAUGUACGCUACGAUACAGAAGCUUAUUAUUACAUUUAUUAGGUUAAUAUCGAACAAAGAUGUAAGAUGUAAGUUUUGAUACAGAGACAUACAUUAUUUGUACUGUGAUUUCGUUGGGCAGAAACAUGUAAGUUUUCUAGAAAACAUUCGCAUUUAGUGAAAGCAAAAAAAGCAGUCCUACUGCAUCAGCAUUUAGAUGAAUCGAUAUCUUGAACAAAAACGAGUAUUUUAACAACUUUCAAAUAAAAUUUCACUUUCCACGCGAUACAGAUGAGAAAACAUGAGGAAGCAUUUUAAAGUAGGUAUUUAUCUGUUUAAGUUGAGCGAAAAACAAAAGUCAAAAUGACAAACACUGUGCAUGAGAAAAAAAUAGAAUUGCGUCAGUUUAAAAAAAUGUUAAAUGGUAUUUUCAGAAAAAUAAUAAACCAUCGCAACAAUGGGCUUCUGAUGAAAAUGAAACUUUUUUCAAGUAUUUUAGUAACAUGUAGUUAGAGUAAUCUGUUUUAAAAGAAAAUUUUAGAUGUCAAAAAAAUUUGGUUUUCCAAAAACUGUCUCUUGAACAACUAUUACUUCCCGUUGUCUUGCUAUUUACUCCGUUAGCCGUAGAAGCAGAGCUACAUUCUAGCUUUUAACAAUAGUUAAAGUUUGAAAUGUAUUUUAGGAUAGAGAAACAAAAAUAUUUUAACUGCACAACAAUAAACUUUUUCAAAAUAUA